AUGAAGUUCUCAAAAAUAAACUAUGAGGAUAUUGGCCCGCUUCGACAUAUGAUGGCAGAAUAAUUAGUGCCAAAAAGAAAGCGGUGACGAAAUUGUGGCACAUUUUUUGGCACGUCGCGUCUACCUGUGUGAACUGCCCAUGGCAUAAAAUAUUCAAUGAUGCCAAUGAUAAGUUAUAUAACAUUAAUUUUAUGGUUUUUAUGACUUUAUGACUUCAGAAUCAAUAUUCAUACACACAAUACCUAGAUUCCACACUAUUAUAACACAAAUACUAUCCCAUACAACAUUUCCAACGCGACAAUACAAACUUUAUACCGUGUUUUCUGAUAUCAUCCACAGUGGCAACCUGCGAGUUUGGGUCUGCCAAUUUACAUUAUGGACAAAGGAGAGCGGAAUUUACUGGAGGAACGUUCAAAAACUCUGCGAGUCGAAUUGAAGGUAUGGGAAAAGGACUUUCAAAACAAUAAUCAAGGGCGCAAAGCAUCUAGAGAGGAUAUCAAAGCCAACCCAGACAUUGGUAUUAACUCUACCUCGACACAGUCUGCCAUUUGAUUUACUAACUUAUAUUCAGCCUCCAAGUAUAAAGAGUUCAAUAAGGUACGCGAUAUACUUGCUGGAAAGAUUUCACACAUACCUCCACCGGCCCUUAAAGCGACGCCCCGAAAGAGAAGACAUGAAGAGAACCACAAUGCAACUCCCCAAAAAUGGUUACUUGUUGAUAGGACACCCACGAAGAAUACAAUAUUACCAUGGGACGUCGACCCUUAUCAUUCUCCUUCCAUUAUGAGGAAUUUGUUUGCUACACCUUCUAAGAAAAUGGCAAUUGGGCCCACACCACAAAAGGAUGGACAGGUUCUUGGGUUAUUUGAUUUGGAUCCAGAUAGUGCCGCAGAUUCUCCUUCUACUGCUCACGGAACAGCAGGAAAGUUAGCUGCAACACAAUCUACACCUCGAAAAGCGGGAAUGACCCCAGGAGGUGCAAGAGCAAUCAUGCAUAGCAAUACACCGUCAUCGAGAAGGACUUUACUAUUCAGCACACCUCUAAAGAAUAAAACUGUCCAUGAUCACGGAUCAAACACACCUUCUUCAGUAUCAAAACUACAUUUCAAUACACCGUCCUUUUUAAGAAGAGAUAGUCAACGAGUACGGCUGCCAGCUGUUGAUGAAAAUGAAGAAGGCCCACCCGACUCCCCAGAAAUGGUUCGAGGACCCCGAAGGCCAAUGAUCAAAAGUUUAAGCAGUAUGCUUGCUGGUCUGCGAAAAAUGGAAGAAGAUGCUGCGGACGAUGAUUUGGAGGCUCUUAAUGAAAUGGAAGCCGAAAUGGCCAAUCGCUCCAAGUCUAUACCAAAACCAAAAUCAAGACUACAACAAACAGGCUCAUCAACUACCCCAAAAUCAAAAUCCCCAGCUAAAGACUCUCUUCCGGAAGACACAAUCAUAGUCGACAGCCAGCCACGAGAAUUGCUGGGUGGUUUUGAUGAUGAAGCUAAGUACGAUUCCGAGUCUAAAGAAGCGACGAAUGCGCCUACAAGCACAUUUAAAAAGAAAGGUCAAAAACGCACCACCCGUCGCGUGAAUCUGAAACCAAAUUGUACGAAACCCUCCCAACCUAUGCCACCUAUCAACCACCACGAUGCGUCAGAGAGCGAAGACGAGCUCGCCCUCCCUCGCAACCACCUCGAAACUAUCCCAGAAACUCAACUCGACGAUGGGAUUCCCCGGCCUGGGGAUGACGAAUUCCCCGAACCUGAUGAAUUCCCGCCCGACGGUCGAAAUUUCGACUCCGACUCUGCCUCCGAAUACACUGCUUCAGAAGGAGGAACACGGUACAGAAGGCCAGAUCAAAAUAAGACAAAAAAGAAUAGAGAGCUGAACAAGGAAGGAAAGGUUAAGAAGGCUGCCAGAAAAAUCAAGGCUACGGCAGGUAGUUUGCAAAACUUCAAGAGGUUGAAGUUGAGGAACAGUGGAGCGAAAGGAGGACCGGGGGUUGGCAGUAGGUUCAGAAGGAGGAAAUAGGGGAGUGAAAGUCGAGGGUUGUGGAUAGGGCGGGAAGCUGAAUGGGUAUUAUGCGUAUGCUUGUGAGGUGCUUGUGCCACUAUACUUCGGACACACACGAGAACACCGUGAAGUCCCAAUAUAUGAGUUGCUUUAAAAAUUUAGGAUACCCAACAACAUAGAUACAUUAUAUUAUAUGAA